ACGUGCCUCAAAGGUUGAGAAGCAGGGGCCGUCCCGUCACGUGUCUCAAAGGUUGAGAAGGAGGGGCGAUCUUGAGGUUGAGAAGGAGGGGCGUGUGGUACUGCGCACUGCAGUGAGGGGCUUCUCCUACCAGGAGGGGGAGCGGGAUUCAAACAUGAAGUCCCGCCUCCUGUAACUCGACAUAGGCGGAAACAGAAACUACAAAUCAAUCUUAACAAAAUGGGAGCUUCCUUGGACACCCCGACGAAGUGUCCCCUGUGCAACGAGCUGACCCGGGAACCCGUCACUCUGAGAUGUAACCACCAUUUCUGCCCGCGGUGCAUCGGAGACUUGUGGAGUGUAACCCCGACCGGACCGUACCACUGUCCGGAGUGGAGGUGCACAACUGUGUACAAGACUAUGCCGUUUGAUGGCAAACUGCUGCCCGGCAACUACCGCUGGGCUCAGCCUCGCAACACUGCAGGCACUUCGAGAACUGCUGAACAAACUACAAAUGAGAAUUUGCGGAGGCCCUCACUCACCAGCAGACUUCUUGGGAAGAGAAAAGCGAGCACACCUGUAUCAGAGCAACCUGAUACAAAGCGAUCAACUGUGGCGUCUCCACUUGAGCGGUCCAACGACCCAGAGACUCCCAGCACUUCCUUCUCAGAUAAACCUGCACAGUCGACUAGUAGGGAGACAUCCAAGAAAGCAGUGCAACCAGAAUCCACACAGUCUGAUUAUGGUAAAGGCACAUCCUCCGGUGACAAUUCUGACAGCAACUCAGUACUUUCACGUGAUGUGCCAUAUGAUGACAUCUCAACCCAGCAGAACCAGCAUAAAUACGAAGAAGUCGUCAUAAUGGAUGACUCUGACACCUCCAACGAAGUAGAUAUAUGUGAUGCACCCGCCAUUGCAACCCCCAAGAUAGGCGCACAUGCCACAAUUCAUGCAUCGCCAAGGAAACCUGCCAUGUCUGCCAACUCAGAUUCCUUCCCUGGAGUCUCCACUCCAGGGAAGUCUCCUGUACACAAUGUCAGCAGGCCUCCCCUGAUAUCCUCCAAACCUCCUGCUGUUGCUCCAGUAUCCCCAUAUCGUACUGGGUACUCCCCGGAGUCAGAGGGCAAACAUGCCAGCCCUGUGCCCUGCCAUUACUGCCCUAAAAUGAGGCACCAGCCCGCUGUAAAGACCUGUCUGGUGUGCGGAGCUUCCAUGUGUUCAGAGCAUCUGCGUCCCCACCUGGACUCCCCUGUCUUCCAGAAUCACACCCUGGUUCCCCCCAUGGAGGACUUCUCCCCCUGGAGGUGCCAGGAGCAUCAGGAGAUAAACCGUAUAUACUGUCGGCAGUGUGGAGUGUGUGUGUGCACGGUGUGUACGGUCAUAGGCUCCCACCGUGACCACGUCUGCAUCAGCAUCAGGGAGGCAGAGAGAGAGCUCAGGGGAAAUCUAAAAGACGAAAUAAAACACCUGCAGGAGGCUGAACAAGAAGUGAAGAACACUGCGACCGAUCUCACACAGAAGAAAGAGACCUUCAGUGUGGUUUUAAGCAAGGCUCGAACGGGGGUGCAGCAGCAGUACGGAGCCAUCAGAGAGGCGCUGGAGCAAGAGGAGCAGUCAGCUCUCCAGUGUGUGGCAAAGGAGGAGAAAAGGGUUCUGGGAGGACUAGAGGAGAAACUCAGUCACCUCCAGAGCUCCCUGCAGUCCAUCCAGCAAGGCCUCCACAGCCUGGAGGAGCUGGCAGACGCCAAGGGAGACAAACGCAUUCAGGACCAGGUCUUCAUCAUG